AACCCAUUCGACCCCGAAGUUGCCUGUGAGCAAUUUCAAAAGUUUAACGGCUAUCGGUAGUCGGUGCUUUUGUUUUUGUCUGCUUAUUCUUCGAGAUAACGGUGCUUUCAUGUGUAUACUUAUAAUGUAAGCAAAAAAAUUCUAGUUUGCGCAUCAUUUGACGAAAUUAUUUGGAAUGUGCUGGACGUGCCUCGCGUAAAAAGUGUUUGUUGUAUUGUGAGGUAUAUUGAAAAAAAAGUGAUUUACUUUUAAAUUACGCAUUAAAAGUUGAAGAAUCUGAAGAAUUUUCAAAGUAAUAAAGUUGCUUGUGAGCAACCUUGGGCCAUUGCACCACCAAAAUAUGAGACCAAAAGAAAAAGGUUUAUCAAAUGAUGAUAUUGAGAGAAUUGUCAACUUCGAUUGGGAUGUCUCCAGUGACGAAGAAAGUGGUGAUGAAAUGGAAGACAUCUCUGGAGACAGGGAUAGGGAUAGGGAUAGGGAGAGGCGAGGUGGGAGGGGGCCGGGGGAUACCGGAGUCGUCAACAAUCUCGGCAAGGACGUGCGCGGCAAGAAGCACGACGUCAAGAUCAACAUCAUAUCCGACGGGGGCACUGGCCACGCCCACCCGCACCGCAAGCUGGGCGGCGGUGCCAGCGGCAGCGCCAGCAGCAACCGUAGCCGCCAGGUCCAGGGUCCGGGUGGUCAGGGGUCAAGUCCGGGGCAUCGCAGCUUCCUGAAACUGACCGCCGAGUGCCUCUCGAACGUCACGGCCUCCACCUACUGCAACGGGAAUGGGAGCGGAAACGGAACCAGCAUCGCCAUCCCGGACGACAGCAGCACCAACAACUACGGGGACGGGGAGGAGAGCUCCGUGGUGAGCAGCAUGAUGGUGCCGCCGCAGCGGUGGCCUCCGGGCGGCGUCGCCCUCCUGCGCCACAAGGUUCAGCGAGUGCAGCAGCAGCACAUUCUCCUCCAGCACUUUGGAAUGGGACCUGGAGAUCAUGGACCAGCUGGAGCGGGAACGGAGCAUGGACAUCCAGGAGAUGUUGCAGCGGGAUCGGGAUAGGGAGAGGGAGCGGGAACGGGAACGGGAGAAGGGGGGUCGUGGGCGGCAGCUGCCGGACAUCGAGAAGCUAUAUGCCCAGC